AUGCCGCACCCCGCUCUUCCCGUCCCGUCCUCAGUGUGUCGGAUUGGAGCAAAAGCAAGAGACCGGGAAGACAGGAGGCGGCCACGUGUCAGCACCCCACCAACUAUGAAGCCGGAGGGGGGGAAGGCGGCGGCGGGGGAGAGCGAGCGGGGCGGCGAGGUUAGGUACCUGGGGGUGCGGAAGCGGCGGUGGGGGAAGUGGGUGUCGGAGAUCCGCCUGCCGCGGAGCCGGGAAAGGAUCUGGCUGGGGUCGUACGACGCCCCCGAGAAGGCGGCCCGGGCGUUCGACGCCGCCGCCUUCUUCCUCCGCGGCGACGCCGCCCGCGUCAACUUCCCCGACCAGCUACCCAGGGACGGCCCCGCCGGGGGGGCGCUCUCCCACGACCAGAUCCAGGCCGCGGCCGCCCGCCACGCCAACGGGACUCCGCCGGCGGCCUCGGCGUCGGGGGCUUCGGACGGUAUCGUGACGGACGAGAACCAGGAGCUCGACGAGUCGUUCGUCAGGUUCAUGGCGAUGGACGACAAUGCGGACUUCCCGUUGCUCUACGAGGACUUAUUGUACGGGGUUUUCCCUGCGGCCGGAGCGCCGAUGCCGCCUCAGGACGGUACCGCCGGCAUCAACGAACACGAUGGGAAUGAGGUUUUUGAUGAAUUCCCUGCGCUUUGGAGCUUCUGAGGAGGAGGAGGAAGAAGAAGAAGACAGUCCGAGGAAUUAACAAUUUGACUUCAUUACUUUUCUUUUUCUGCAUGCCUUCAGCUGGGAAUUAUUGGACCAGCUUGGCAGCAGUGGAUUUCACACGCGCACACACACUUUUCUCACUCGGCUCUCUCUGUCUCUCUUUUUUUUUUGGGAAGUAAAUCCAUGUCGCAAUGGUUUCCUAUUGUAAGGGGGCAGUGAAGCUGAGUCGUCGUUUCCGUAAUAAAAGAGGGAAAAGGUUCAGCUACAAUAAAAAUGUCUGAAGCAAGUGAGAGUCACGUGUCCAGAUAGACCCAAGAACACCUUUUCCUUCUCACACACACCAUCACGCCGUCAGUGUAAGAAUGGGAGGAAGAUUCAUCAA